GAAAAUUCCUUUUUAUUAUUAAUAUAUUAACUUUGUAGAAGAAAAAAACAUUUAUUUCCAAGACAUGAAAAUGUUUUACCGGGCCUAACCCAAAACAUGAAGCAUAAAAGCCCAAAUAACAUUAAUUCUGAAUUGCUCUCUCAUUUAAUUAAUUACCAAACUUUUAAUUCCUAGUAAUUCUGUUGGUAAUGAUAUUGUUAGUACAAAUAGAUACUUGAAAUCGAAAAAAUCUAGUAAAGUUCUCACGGUUCGAAUCAUUUCUCGAUAAUAGAUCGAACCACACUUUCAGUUUCAUAUUAAAACUUCUUUUUUUUCUUAGCUCUUGCUCAUUUUUACAAUUUGAACGUUUUUUCGCAUACCUUUCCACUUUAACUUGGUUGGAGUUAAAAUCAGUCUCUUUAACUUGAAGGCCUCCACAUUCAAAAUCAAAUUAGUCUUCUGUUCUUUUUUUUAAUUCUUAGUUUGGCCUAUACUUACCACCUCUAAUUUUUUUUUAUUAAUGUUGUUUUAUUUAAGUUUUGUCAAUAAUUUUCAUUUUUGUGACCUUUUCUUAUUAAAAAGAUAUGUUCGCAUUGUCCUACAUCUCGUCUAGAUUAAAAUUAAUAAAUGUUAUCUCUAAUUUAUUGUCUCCUCGUCGUCUGCUCAGCGCUCACAAACCUAACUGAUCCGGUUUAACUGUUGGCAUGACGGUAUAUGCUUAACCUCAAUUAAAACCAGGUUAUAUUAUAUGUUAUGUGAUUUUUUUUUCAUUUUUCAUGCGUAUAUAUUAGCAACAAAUUUCUCAUUCACGUGUUGCAUAUCAAGAAUCGUAUUCUUUAUCCAUUUUGUAUUUGUUUUGAUUAGUCGUUCAAAAAAAAAGUAUUUGUUUUGAUUAAAUAUUACUUACAUAAUUAAAAUACUUGGAGUCACAUAAUGAUGUGAUCUUCUGUUUCUGACAGAAAUGGAAGAAGGAGAACAAGGCAAGAAGAAGAGACCAAAGUAAAGGAAGAGUAAAGAGGAAAACGAACAAACACAAAGCGGCAAAGUUCAGUUAAUAAGACGACACCAUUUUCUCAAACUCAUCUCAAAUAUCCAAACGAACGUUUUGCGUCGUGUUGUAUCAUUGUAUGGACAUGUCAAACUUAUUCACUAUUUCCUUAUGUGACACUAUCUUACAUUAUAUAAUAUAUAGUUUUCUUCUGUGUUAUUUUAAUUUUUUGCAACAAUUAUACGUAAUACACUGCAUAACCAACGAAAAUAUUAUGCGGCAAUUCCUUUCACGGAAGGUAUUUAGAAUUCUUUUUUUUUAAACAUUAUUCUCUCUGUCCGUUACCUGUAUAAUGUUAUAGACCUGCCGCAAGUCAAAAAUUGUGACACAGCUUUUUACUUUUUAGUUUUUUUACAUAUCCACAUUUAUCACAGUUCAGCUCGUGUAUAUAUGUAUGCACCGGAUUGUUAUAUCAGCUGUUCGAAAAUGAACCUCUAAGAACUCCAAAAUGACAACAUUUUGAAAUUUAUACCAAAAAUGGACAUGUGUUACAUGGACUAUUUUUCAUUGAAUUUCUCAAAUCAGUUCUCAUUAUUUUUCUUCAAAAUUAAAUUAUAAUUUUUUUGACUAAGAAAAAAGUUACUUUUCAUUUUUUGUUUCUGUAUUUUUUAAUAAGAGGCUCUUUAAGAUACUCCAAUAAAUGCUCUUAUUUUCCGACAAUAUAAAUGCUCUUAUAUGUACAUUAAGAAUCAUAACUAAUCUAAUUAUAUAUGAAAAAUAUUUUAUAUAAUUCAAGCAUAUGCUCGUACGUGAGAUAUAUAUACACAUUUACACACCAAACCAUAUUACUAUACAACUAUUUAUUAUAAUUAGAUAUAUGACAUAUGUAUUGGUAAUAAAUCUAUGAAAAAAAUUAAUUAAGAAAUUUACAGAUCUUGUCUUGUAUUUAUAUAUACCCGUUCACGUGGGCCAUUCGAAAUUUGCAUGAAAGCCACUCCUUCUCUCACAAAAAAAAACUUUAGUCUCGUUUUCUUUCUCCUCUCUCUCUCUCACAGUUUCAGAAAUAGUUACAGUAGAUAGAUCAAUGAAUAGGAUUUAAUCAAGAAGACAAGCUGUAUAUUAAAGUUUAGGUUUGGGUAUGACUCAUGCUCGAGAAUGGAGAAGAUCCACUCUAUUAAUGUUUAUCUUCCUUUCUUCACUACUCUAUCUCAUUUCCGUAAAUUCCCGGAUAGGGGCAAUUCGGGUAUUUCCAGAAACGCUGGGGACGACUACCUCUCCUGCUCCUGCUAAUAACCAAGAAGUUCCAAUGAAGAAAUACUUCAGCUCCGAGAAAUUUGCUCCGGUGGAUUCUUCAUUCGGAAAAGUAUUUAGUGACAGUAAAAGAACGGUACCAAGUGGUCCAGAUCCUCUCCAUAACUAGUAGAAGCAGUUUCUUGAUGUUUUCAUUUAUAUUUUAUUUUAUUUUCUUGUUCUUCUUAUGUAAUCGAUCAACCAACAGGUGUAUUUUACCCAAAAUACUCACGUUUUCUUCUUUUAUGUAAGGGAAAAACGAAGGUAUUUUGGAGGUUUAAAUCGCUGAUCUAUAUGUAAACAUUUCAAAUAUAUAUUUACCAUGUCAAUGUUGUAGUUUCAUUAGAAAUGUGUAUUAAUUAUGCGUUUUCAAGUUUGAUUAUGCAUAUCAGAGGUGAAAGAAGAUAACCCCUAAUAUUUUUUGUUUAUACUGACAGAGUGACAGGUCCUGAUUUUAAAAUGAAAGCUCUUAUCGUCUUCUUCUUGGUAGUCGUCAUCUCUGAUGACACAUACAUUUGCAGCGAAUCAAAUUAGUAUAAAGAAUCAUUGACUAAAAGUGUUAAUCUAUGUUCCAAUAAUUAUACACUCAUAGCUAUGUAGGAUAGAGAGAAAGAGAUAUGAUGCUUUUGGUAUAUAACAGAAUGUUUUUAUAAUUUAUUACGUUUUUAUAUCUUACAUUUUUCAGUUUUACCGAACCGGGAGAUCAUAUGUAUAUUAAUAUUCAGUGAUCACACUCUAAUUAAGCUGAAUGUUUUUCAAUUGCAUGGCAUAGGAGAAAAAAAACGUCAAGAGAUAGUAUUUUGCACAGACUUGUUUGUAACAAAAAAAAAACACGUGAAAAAUUGUGAACGUUUAUCGAAAAGGAAAAUUUG